AUGCCGUUCUACAGGCGCACGGUGGUGCCUCAGCGCCUGUGCCCGCGCAACCCGCCGCAGCCGCUGACCGAGCUCCGCGACGUGAGCCACCUGGCCGCGCUCAGCCUGCUCCGCCAGCUCGCCGACCUCUGCGGCCACACGCUGGCUCUGCUCGAGGACCUCGAGGGGCACCUGCUGGCCCUGGGGCGCCGCACCGACAGCCUGUUCCGCCGCACCGUGCACCUCCGCCGCCGCCUUCCCUGCCGCCUGCUCGGCCCGGAGGACGACGAGGAAGAGCUAGCUGCAGCUAACUCGGGUCGGGAAAAUGCGACAGCGACUGCCCACUCGAGGUCGUCAUGGCAACAGCCAGUGAACGUGUUCCUCUCCUCGGGCAGGCCCCCGAGUGUAGAGGAGCUGCUUCGCGAGGCGCAGCUCAAUCUCCAGAGCCUGUUGCAAGAAGAAUAUGAGGAACAGUACUCGGAGGCCAGACUUCCGGGGCAGACCUUCCGCUCUGCUGAUGAGGCCCCUGAGCCCACCCCCAGCCCAAGGCCCCAGUCUGCCAGGCGUCUGGAGUUUGUACUGAUGCCCACAAAACAGCAGCUGAGCGAGGAUGAGACUACCAUGCAGGGUGUGAGGGCCCCUGAGGCCUCCCUGAGCCUGCCUACCACAGCCGACAAGCAAGCUGCCUGGAAUAGCCCCUUCCCUCUGCCUGUCCUAGAGGAGAAGCGGUGGCUCCAGCCUUGUCCCACGCACUCUGACAUCGUGCCCAUCAAUGUCUCCGGGCAGCAGUUUGAUAAACACGCAAGUUUGCGACACUCGUUGUUUAACACAGAGACAGCCGUGAACCCCAAGUCCACCCUGAGGCGGAGGCGGACCAUUAUUGGAUUCUCUAACUAUUCCCAGCGAGACCAAGGUCACAGCAACAGCCCAGCAGGCAGUGUGGCCCACUCUACCACCUCAGACAUCAGGCCCAGCCAUUCAGUUCCAGAAGACGUUCAUGGAAGAGUUGCCAUCAGUCAAGAAGCUCGGUUCCCAAAUCUCACCUCACCGGUACUAAGAAAUCCUUCUAGUGAUCCGGGAGAACCUCUCCAGGCACGUGGUGGCACAAAACCCCCUGGCAUGGAGAGCAUGGGGAUGGUGUACAGCGUCCCCAGUUCUUGCAAUGGACCAACAGAAUCAACGUUCUCCACUUCCUGGAAGGGAGAUGCUUUCACCUACGUGACUCCAAGUGCCACCGCUCAGAGCAGUCAAGUCAAUGAAAAUGGAAAAAGUCCUUCCUCUGGGAACUCUUGGGUCUCUCUGCACACACUGCCACCUCUGGUUCCUAAGGAGGCUGCUACCCUCCUUGUCACUCAUGAUAUCCCAGCAGGAUGCAGUGGGUCCGCUGGCUACUCUGAGCAUUCUACUCAACGAAAGCAAGUAUCAAUACGACCCUCCAAGAUUGGCCUUCUGACUGGUGGUACCUCAAGGCUGGAGACAGGCCCAGGUGGGGUCAGCAGAUUCCGGGAGCGGUCACUGUCUGUACCCACAGACACAGGCACCACGGAUGAGGACUAUGACAAGGAGCAGAAGGCUGGUGAAGCCUGCUCCCUGCCUUACGCCAGUACAAGUUCUGAGGGCAGUAACAGUGCCGACAACAUUGCCUCCCUCAGUGCCCAACAGGAGGCCCAGCACAGAAGGCAGAGGUCCAAAAGCAUCUCACUCAAGAAGGCCAAGAAGAAGCCUUCCCCUCCGACUCGCAGUGUCUCACUGGUCAAAGAUGAACCAGUCCUCUUGCCAGAAGGUGGGUCAGCGCUGCCCAAGGACCAGAGGCCCAGGAGCCUUUGCCUCUCCUUGGAACACCAAGGACAUCACUCAUCCCACCCAGAUACUCAGGGUCACCCAGCUGUGCCAACCUUCAAAGACCCAGAAGGUACACAAUUCGCCCACCACUGGUAUCUUACUGACUGGAAGUCUGGUGACACCUACCAAUCCUUGUCCAGCUCCAGCACUGCCACUGGCACCACAGUCAUUGAGUGCACCCAAGUUCAGGGCAGCUCAGAGUCUCUUGCCUCCCCUUCCACCUCCAGAGCCACGACGCCUUCCCAACUUUCCAUCGAGGUAGAGGCCAGGGAGAUAUCCUCUCCAGGAAGGCCCACUGGGCUGAUGUCACCCUCCAGUGGAUACUCAAGCCAGUCAGAGACACCAACACCCACUGUCUCCAUGUCCUUGACCCUGGGCCACUUGCCCCCUCCAAGCGGCAGUGUCCGGGUGCGUCCAGUGGUACCUGAGAGGAAGUCAUCACUACCCCCAACAUCACCAAUGGAGAAAAUGUCCAAGUCACGGCUAUCGUUUGACCUACCAUUGACAUCUUCAACCAACCUGGAUCUGUCUUGUAUGAGUAUCUCCAUCCGAAGCAAAACCAAGGUGAGCCGGCAUCACUCAGAUACAAAUUUUGGGGCCAAGCUGGCCCAGAAAACUAGCCCCAACCAGCCAAUCAUGCCCAUGGUUACUCAGUCUGACUUACGUUCUGUUCGCCUGAGGUCAGUCAGCAAGUCUGAGCCAGAAGAUGACAUUGAGAGCCCUGACUAUGCUGAGGAGUCAGGAGCUGAAGUCUUCACCUUGCCAGAGAGAAAGAUGAAACCUCCCAUAGCCGAGAAGCCCCCGCUGGCCCGAAGGCCUCCAAGCUUGGUCCAUAAGCCACCAUCUGUCCCUGAGGAGAACCCACUAAUUUCGCCUACCUUGGCUAUGACCCCCAAGAGCUCAAUUCAACACAUGAGGCCACUCUCUCAAGAUAUCUACAUGGUGGUGCGGAAACCAAAGUCCGGCAGCUCCCCUGAGAGCAGAAGUCCGAGGGAGUCAACAGCACCCUCAUCUCUUGUUUUCACACCUUUUGCCAGUUCCUCUGGUGCUUUCUUCUCAGGAACACAGCAACCUCCCCAGGGAAGUACAGAGGAUGAGGGCCCCAAGGGGAGAGCCCUGCCUGAAAGAAUUAGCCUCCAGAGUCAAGAAGAAGCUGAGAAAAAGAAAGGCAAGAUUCCACCUCCUGUACCAAAAAAGCCCAGUGUGCUGUACCUGCCUCUCACCUCACCCACGGCUCAAAUGGAGGCCUACACAGCCGAACCAAGGUUGCCUCUCAGCCCCAUAAUCACCCUGGAGGAAGAUGUCAAGUGUCUCCCAACUAGUGACCACCUGCCAUUGGCUGGUACAAGGACCACCUCCACACAGCAGGCCGGCAGCGAAAGGGAGGCAAGCCCUCCAGGGAGUUUGAUGGAAACAAGCACCGAAGAAAAAAGUGUAAUCAGUGAUAAAACAGCUGAAUGGAUUGUGGAAGAUGAUGAUGAUGUGUUUGUGGCUUCACGCACAACUGAAGAUUUAUUUACUGUGAUCCACAGGUCCAAAAGAAAGCUGCUUGGCUGGAAGGAGCCUGGUGAGGCCUUUGCUGGCGGCAGCAGACCAAGCUUCCACUCACCAAUAAGGAACACGGCUGAGUCUCCCAUCAGUGAGUUGGCUGCCUCUGCGGGGCCAAGCGGCAGUGCCAACCUAGAUGCUGGCAGAAAUGAUGAUUUCAAGGCCUUGCUACAGAAGAAGGGAAGCAAGGCAACUCCAAGGUCCCGCCCCUCAGCAGCUGAACUGCUGAAGACCACUAACCCCUUGGCUCGUCGAAUUAUUGCACAAUUUUCAAAAGACUAUGAAACCCCUGAUAGCCCCAAUACCUAAGCCCUGGGUUCAGCAAGCAAGGUUUAGUUACUAAACGUAUGUAGAGAAGAGGGGAGAGAAAAAGGGUUUUAAAAAGGAACCAUGGAAAUAGCAAAAGAGCCUGCAUUUCUUUCACAGUAACUCACACUCUGGACAGCAGGAGAGAGGCCACAUCUAGAACUAAAAUCAUCAGGCACUUUAAUCAUCUUCAGACAUUUUAUGUUUUCAUACUUACAAUCUUGCCCUAACUACCGAUUUUCUCCUUAUUUCCCCUCAGCGGCAUGCACUCAGAAGAAAUUCUCAAAUGCAAGGGCACAUGUGCCAUCUUUUCAGUCAAUGACCAGGCUGCUCCAUCCCUGACUCCUGUCACUGAGGGGCACAGUGAGAGAGCAGAUUGGGGGCUGCCAAACCCAGGGGACAUAGUGUGCCGUUGCUGAUUAUUCACUUUCCCAGCAAGGCCCUGAUGGCCCUGUGUGAAGAAACAGAAGGACCCUGAUGCCUCUUCAACCACGGUAUAACUCUCCCCCGUGAGGGGUUUGCAGGUGUGCACUUAUUUCGGCAUGGGGUUGAUUGGAUGGCUUUUGUCAUGCAAAAUAUGAAUGUGACUCUGUCCUGAACUUCAUGCCUUUUCAGUUUGAUUGUCUACACGGAGAUCAGGGUGAUGAGUUUCAGUAAACAUAUAGACACCCCCCCCCCACUCCCCACCCCUUUACUUGAAAAGGUUAGGACUGGGUUGCUUUGGAUGAACCAAGUCAGCUAACAAAUGAGGCAGCCAUUUGUUCACUCAGAUCUAUCCAAGGUAACUCACGUGUGCACCUUGAGAUCCUUCAAGUGUCUACCAACAACAAUAGCUAGUGUCUGUGCCCAGCUUAUGCUGCAAAGAACUCUCUUUUCAUUUGCAUAUAGCAUUCAUUACAGGAAGUCAUUAGCUGAAGGAGCAGCAUCCUCAAAGGCUCAAGGAGGAGAGAAAGUAAGUGUAACUUGCCCACCACCAUUCAGUUCAGAUUGUGGUUUGUGAUUGGUUUUGUUUUGUUUAAAGGAAAUCUUCCUCUAUUUCCAAACCAAGGACGUACAGACAAAAAGGAUAGAUCCAAAAUCUGAAAAGCGGCCUUGCAAGUUGCUAUGGCCCAUAACCCAAAAAAGGGCUACCUUUUGCCAUUUAGGUUCUGCUGUUUGACCAAUAUUCAAUUAACCGUGCUGGGGGAGAAUGUAAGAACUGGGGCAAAUGGGAUGCUGACAGAGCCCCUGAACAAUCAUUGUGACCCCUUCUCCCCACCCCCUGCCAAAGCUUAUAGACACUAACUGCUCUUGUCAGUUCAAUUUUCUAAGCAAAGCAAGAGCCGUGAUUCAUUUGAUUUACAUAUGUCUGGUUUCUGGGAGACUGGGGGUAUAAAACAGACAGCAUUGAACAAAGAAAACUGGCUGACCAAUAAUGGAGAAUUAAUUGGCCACCAUUCGCAAGAGGGCAAAAGGAACGUCAAAUGAAAUUGUAGCCGGCUUUACAAAGAGGGUCCCUUGACCUCUUCCUCCUUCACCCCUCACCCAACAGAUUCAUUGGUCAACCUCUUGGAGGAUGUGGUAACUGCCCCCAGAGACAAGCAGAUCUUGAUUUUGAUAGGUCUCAGUAGGAAGCAAGCCCUUUGCCCCAAACUGCCCACACAGUGGACAGAGUAACUGGAAAACCACAGAGUGCUGAGGCGACUUGGGCCUCUCACAGAGAAGCCCUGGGCCUGGGCCCUUGGUUGGUACAGUUCUGAAUUCUAGACUUCUGAGUACAGGUCAGGCCCAGCAACUCCCUUGCAAUCAGCAACUCCCUCUGAUUUAGAUAGAAGCUACUUCAAAUAAUAGACAGUUAUUGAAAGCCUAGUUGCUUUUGAAAACAUUCCAACUAUUUGGUUCAAAGGUCCUGACCAAAUUUCAAAGGUUUUGCCUGAAAUAAGAUUGCAUUCCUGGCCUUAAUUUAUACAUGAAUGCCACACUUGUCUGCCCCCAGACUCAGAAUUCCAAAGGACGGAAACAUUUUCCUCUGUGGGGAAAUGGAGUGUUUGUGCUUUUUACCUAACAAAAGUGAAAGGCUGCCGGGGCCCUCUACUCCAGAACCAUUACGAGCUCUAAAGCAGAGUGUGAGAUUCACAUAGUAUAGGACUUGUUACUUCUGCUGACCUUUCUGGAAGCUUCUUGUUUGGUACUUCUAGUGGGUUUCGCCUCUCCCCUCACCUUGCCACCUCUGGUGGUUUUCCCCAAAGAUUCUAAAGCUGAAUAUCCAGACACCUUGACAUUUUCAAUUACCUUGAGUCUUGCUUUCCUCUGCAAUAUUCCAUAUGCCUGGAAUUUUUAGAAGGUCUUCUACCUAUUCACUAUGGCCCUCCAGUGCCCAGUGGUGUUCCCAUUAGCAUAAGAGGAUUCAGGGCAAGAGAUGGUGUGGUCACAGGUAACAUUGAGGACUGGUAAUAUUCAUUUAAUAUUUUGCAACAGGUGGACCUAGUCCCAAACAAACAACCAAGUUGUAGAAUUUCUACCAAUAUUUGAUGAACAUAAUACCAGACAGCUCUCCUAGUCCUAACACUCAAUGUCUCGCCUCCCCUUGGCUAUCGCAGCACCAACUCUGUCUGCUACCCAAGCACAAACCACAACAUUUGCUGCCUUCUGCACCUACUCUGCCAAGACUGGAGAAGAGAGGCUGAAAGCCCCUUCCAGGAAGGCUUUCAGAGAACCUAUUGUUGCCACUAUUACUAGUGUGAAUAAGAAUGGUCAUUUUUGAAGGUGGAAUACAGAAAGGAUACAGGGGAAAUGAAGUUGGCCCCAGGAAAUCAGCUUCCAAUUCAAGUUGUUUCUGUCCCUUUGUUUCCUCUGAUUCCAAUCAAUAGCAGCAGGUGGCUCUGCUGGACUGACUUCUGUCUAGUCUGGAGUAGAGGGACUCAUCCCCAGGGGAGGAGGUUAAUCGGUAGCUAAGAGCGCUUUGCGCUUGGUGGGUAUUCAUCACGUAUUUGUGGUUUAAAUGUUGAGGGUAGAGAGCAAGUCAUUCCAGCACAACAGGAGGCUUCUCUGCUAUCUCCUGUCCUUUGCCUGUCUCAGUUUCUCACCUGGGCCUCCCACCUGGCCCCAACUUGUCCCUCAGUCCCUAUUCCUGUGAAUUGCAUCCCUAGCUGACAGCUCACCCUUUAAGGAGGCAAGACCACAGGCAGCAAAAUAGCUUGUGUUAGCUUACUGACCACAGAUCGACUAGUUGAUCUGGAAACAUUACGUUGAAUGUGCAAAGACAGAGGAGAGUCCACAAGGCUGUUACAACAAGCGCGUCACUGGACACCCAUUUUAACUCUCCGACGACACGGGUCGGAUUGCAAUCCUGCUGGACCCAUCAGUCUGAGCAGAUCUGUCCACGCACCUGCUCUCUUUCUCUUCAACAAACUGCUCCUUAAGAAGACAAGUUCACAGUCAGUGCUCUGUUCCUCCAGUGCAGCCUUCCAUUAUCACCAAGUCUGUAAAAGUGGUCACCCUUCACUUUAAUACGAUUUGCCAGGGCCAGGACUAGAGUGGGGUGAGUGAGGCGCCUGGGGUGCAAAAUUUAAGGAGGCACCCACUCUCAGGGCCAUGUAAGUGCCUUACCCUCGUCCCGGCCUUGCGA